AUGAAUUCGGUAUGGACUCCACCAAAAUCUGGUUACAAAUUCCCUGAAAAUGAAUAUAAGUCUCAAGCAGAUGAUUACAAACCCCUACAGUCGGGAUGGACUCAACAAUUAAAAUCUGAUUACAAAGGCCCUGAAAAUGAAUGUCAGCCUCAAGCAGAUAAUUACAAAUCCCCACAGUCGGGAUGGAAUCAACAAUCAAAAUCUUAUUACAAAGACCAUGAAAAUGAAUGUAAGUCUCAAGCAGAGAAUUACAAACCCCCACAGUCGGUAUGGACUCCACCAAAAUCUGGUUACAAAUUCCCUGAAAAUGAAUGUAAGUCUCAAGCAGAUAAUUACAAACCACAACUUUCGGGAUGGACUCAACAAUUAAAAUCUAGUUACAAAUUCCCUAAAAAUGAAUGUAAGUCUCAAGCAGAUAAUUGCAAACCCCAACAGCCGGGAUGGAAUCAACAAUUAAAAUCUGAUUACAAAUUUCCUGAAAAUGAAUUCGGGAUGGCUCAACAAAUCUGUUCAAAGGCCCUGAAAAUGAAUGUAAUCUCAAGCAGAGAAUUACAAACCCCACAGUCGUCGGGAUGGGCUCAACCAAGAUCUGGUUUCAAAGGCCCUGAAAAUGAAUGUAAAUCUCAAGCAGAGAAUUACAAACCCCUACAGUCGGUAUGGACUCCACCAAAAUCUGGUUACAAAUUCCCUGAAAAUGAAUUUAAGUCUCAAGCAGAUAAUUACAAACCCCAACAGCCGGGAUGGAAUCAACAAUUAAAAUCUAGUUACAAAUUCCCUGAAAAUGAAUAUAAUAACAAACCGCAACAGUCGGGAUGGGCUCAACAAUUAAAAUCUGAUAACAAAGUCCCUGAAAAUGAAUGUAAGUCUCAAGCAGAUAAUUACAAACCCCCACAGUCGGGAUGGGCUCGACAAUUAAAAUCUGAUUACAAAUUCCCUGAAAAUGAAUGUAAAUCUCAAGCAGAUAAUUACAAACCCCAACAGUCGGGAUGGACUCAACAAUUAAAAUCUGAUUACGAAGGCCCUGAAAAUGAAUGUCAGUCUCAAGCAGAUAAUUACAACCCCCACAGUCGGGAUGGACUCAACAAUUAA